AUGUAUCUUAUUACUUAUAAUUGUUAUUGUUGUAGUACUGAUUGUGGUUCUAGUAGUGACUUCCAUAGUGGUUCUAAUAGUGGUUUCCAUAGUGGUUCCCAUAGUGGUUCUAAUAGUGGUUCCCAUAGUGGUUCCAAUUGUGGUUCCCAUAGUGGUUCUAAUAGUGGUUCCCAUAGUGGUUCUAUUAGUGGUUUUCAUUGUUGUUUUCUCUGUAGAUUUCUCUUUGGAAAAUAUAUGUAA